CCCACUUCCGGGUUCACAUCUGUUUCCCUGCGCAACUUGACUUCAGAGACGCUCGAGCUGAGACUGACGGCGGGGCGGAGGGAGUGUCCGCUGCUGGGUGGAGGUGUAGCUGCAGGCUGACGUCUUCAUACUGUGAGUGACUUGAAAGAAGACAAACAAAAAAACACAGUCAGACAACAGCGCUUACGGAAAACAGAGGAACAAUUUCGUCCCUUAACUUCAUCCUGCGUUGAGUUGUAUGACCGCGUGAAGACACGAGAUGUAACAAAGUGGCAACGUGAAGCUAACGUGGAUUUACCGGUUUGUGCAAAAGGUCCUACAGGCCUGACCAGAUGCCAGGUACGUCAAUUAUGGAUACCACUAUUGAGGCCUCCCAGAGUGGAGGCCUGCCUUCAAAGCCAUCUCUGCCUCCCAAACCCACUCUCGCUCCGAAGCCGUUCUCUCUGCAAAAAAACAGCACAAUUCGCUCCUUCAAAGCUCCAAAGACUGUUUCCAAAAUUGCUCCUAUACCUAAGUCAGAAACAAGUCAGACCAAAAAAUCAGAGACAAAAAGUUCCCCGACCACCACUGUAACUACUCCUGCUAAAAAACUGCCUCAGCCCAUCAGUUCUGCAGAGACUCCUCUCAAAACUGAUCCUACAGCUGAGCCAGAAGCAAGUCAGACUGAGAAAUCAGAGACAAAAAGUUCCCCGACCACUGCCAUGACCAUCCCUACUGAGGAACUGUCUCAGCCUAUCAGGUCUCCAGAGGCUGCUCCGAAAACAGCUCCUACAUCUACGUCUGAAACAAAUAAGAUCGAAAAAUCAGAGACAAAAAGUUCCCCGACCACUGCCGUGACCAUCCCUACUGGGGAACUGUCUCAGCCUAUCAGGUCUCCAGAGGCUGCUCCGAAAACAGCUCCUACAUCUACGUCUGAAACAAAUAAGAUCGAAAAAUCAGAGACAAUUACUCCCACAACCACCAAAGUGACAAUCCCUACUGAAGAACUGUCUCAACCCAUCAGUUCUUCUGAGACUCCCCCCAAAACAGCCCCUGCACUUAAAUCUGAAACAAAUCAGAUUGAACAAUCAGAGACAGAAAAUCCUACUGCUGUCACCGUCCCUGCUAAAAAACUGCCUCAACCCAUCUUAGCCUCAGCUCCCAAACCACAGCCUGCAAGUGCGCUGCCUAAAUCUCAGCCAGAAGCAUCGAAAACAAGUGAAGCACUUCCACAGGUUGAGAACAGUCUUGGUUCUGAGACAGCUGCUCUGGAUCCAGCCACCGAAACAACUCCAACUAAAGAGGAGCCCAAGUCAGAACCGGCGCAGAAAGACAUCAUCCAAACAAACCACAAACCACCCACCACUGCUGUUGCUAGCCCAGAGCAGGAAGAUGGAGAGGAGAAGCAAAGUGACACUCCAGUUUCUGUCAGUCAAAAUACAGAAGAGUCAAGCAGCAACAGUCCAUCCACAAACGAUUCAUUUUACCAGCGGGGAAGCGUAAGGAAGCGUCUGCCUAAGGCGCUCACCUCAAAGUUCGAGUCAGGUGGCGUCCCUUUGCCCCGUCAGCCUUUCAUUCCCAUUCCCAAACCCAUCACCAAAGACGAAUCCAAUAAACCAGAGUCUUCUGACUCGCAGCCUGUUCACACAACACCAGAGCCUCCGAUCAAAGAGAGUGAUACUGAUGCAGAGGAUUUUACCGGCGGGACCAGCAUUCAGAAUAGAAUCAGUCAACUGAUGGACUAUGUGCCAAAGCCGGAGGCCACGACCAAGAGAAAGGAGCCAGAAAUAACGAAUGGGAUCGGAGACGUGAAGGAGAAGAUCAAAAACUGGGCGUCAGAAACAGGUCCAGAGGAUCAGAAGGUUGAGAAGAGUCCUCAGGCUGCAGACAGAGUUUGCUCCAUGGGAUUGAACCUGGAAACACCAAGAGUGGAAGUUCCUGCGGCGGAAGAGACGCCCACGCAGCCAGUGGACUCACGUUCAACAGCAUCCUCAUCCACAGGGAGUCAAAUUGAACCACCAGAGGAGGCACCAUUCAAAGAUAAACCCUUAGAAAAUCUAACAGAGACUUCAGCAGAGACUGACAAGCCAAAGGAAGAUGAUGUCCAGGUGCAGAGCAACCACUCGGCUGCUGCUGAUGAGAAAAACUUGGCCGAGCUGAAGAAGAAGAAGAUGAAGAAACGUCGCUCUGUUCGCUUUGGAACCGUGGUGGCAGAUGACGGUACACCUCCAUUGGUUCUGGGCCCAGAGCCUGAAUCCAGUGAGGAUGAAAAUCAAGAAGAGAAUGCUGAGGUUGAAAACAAGGAAAAAGAGGAGGACGCCGUUUCGACGCCCGUCUACAAAAGAGUCGGCAUAUUCCAGAGGAAGGACGACAAGACCCAAAGUCAAGAAACUCUGAAGCACCAGGAGCAGGAGGAGGAGAGAAAACGAAGAAAUCUUGAGGAGCAAAGACAGAAGGAGCUGAAAGAUGAGGAGGAAAGACUAAAAUUGGAAAAAGAUCAAAGACAGAAGGAAGAGGAGGAGACAAGAAAAUAUCAGCAAGAAUUAAUGGAGCUGAUGAGGAUCAGAGAGAAAGAACAAGAGCUGGAAAAAGAAAAGUUAAGACAGGAGCUGGAGAAGGAGCAAGUCAGAAAGCAGGAAGAGGAGGAGAGGAAGAGACAGGAGGAUGAAGAGAGGGAAAGGAGGGAGCUGGAGAGGAAGAUACAGCAAGACAAAGAGGAAGAGGAGAGAAAAAGAAGAGAACUUGAGGAGCAAAGACAGAAAGAGCUGAAAGAGGAGGAGGAAAGACUAAAAUUGGAAGAAGAGCAAAGACAGAAAGAGCUGAAAGAGGAGGAGGAAAGACUAAAAUUGGAAGAAGAGCAAAGACAGAAAGAAGAGGAGGAGUCAAGAAAAUAUCAGCAAAGAUUAAUGGAGCUGAUGAGGAUGAGAGAGAAAGAAGAAGAGCUGGAAAAAGAAAAGUUAAGACAAGAGGAUGAGGAGAGAAAAAGGAGGGAGCUGGAGAGGAAGAUGCAGCAAGACAAAGAGGAAGAGGAGGAGAGAAAAAGAAGAGAGGAAAUAAAGUUACAGAUGGAGAAGGAAAGGGCAGACCAGCUGAAAAAAAAGAUGGAAGAGAGUCAGCCAAGAACAGAGGAGAAUGACAAAAGAGAGGAAAAGCUCAUCAAUUUUGAUGCAGAAGAGCCUCCAACAUCCCCCUCAUCUCACGUCUCAAAGAACACAGAGAGCCUCAUCGAUGUCGUUUAUGAUGACUUCUCGAUCCAGAACCCUGUGCUCGACGUAGCCUUUGAUGACUUUUCUGUCAAACCCAGGAGACGGACUUUCCAGCCGAGGCGGGAAACUGCUCCCAUCAGCAGCAGCUGGAGAGUCGAACCUCCGAGGAAAGAUGACCUGCUGGUGUCCUUUGACAGCGAACCUCAGGUAACUCAGCAAGAAAACGAACCAAAGCCACAAGCCACGCUGUUGUUUCCCACCCCGGCCCCAGAGACCCCAGAGGAAGAGAAGGUUAAGAGGUUGUUGGCAGAGUUUGGUGUGAAGGAGGAGGGAGAAGAAGAGGCAGAGAGGCCGGUGGCGGACCAGCCUGUAGAGAGGAAGGAGGAGGAGAUGGAGAAUGGGGCACAAAUGGAAGACGAGAGUGAAGAAGAGGACAACAAAGAGCCACAGGUUAACAGCUACAUCACAAACGAUGAGGACAAACUCAUCCAGACUUUGUUGCACGGUGAGCAGGAUGGGAUUUCUGAACAAGCGUCCGGACCUGACAGUCCAACAGUCCCUGAUGCCUCCUCUGAAGAUCUGGAUAAUACUGAUUCUAAAAGAGAGAUGGAUUUAGAUGCAGUCUGUGAGAACUCUGCCCCUCUGCUUGACAACAGCUCACAAAAAUCUAAAGCAGUUUUGGGCAGGAGGCUAACACGAUCGCGUCCAUCUCGCUCUCUCAGAUUAGAGUCGGCUGAAGCUGCCACAGUACAAAUGAGUGUCUUUAAGGAUGAAAAAGACAAUCAGUCAGACUCAGAGGAGGAACCACCUGAAUCAAAGCCAGUUUAUUCUUCUACUCAGAGGGUUCCCAUGUUUCCAGGGCUGAACCCUAAAGAUCUACUUAUUGGAAUAAAAAAGAAAACCGGUGGCGUGGCAGCUGAAGCAGAAGAGAGAUCGGUAGAAGACAGAAGAGAACAAGAGACCGAAAGUCAAAAUAAGAAAGCCGCUCCAUCUCCGUCGCAGGCCUCAGGAACUCCUCGCGUGGCGCCUCGUCUUGCAGGAGCUAAACUAGUGCUGCCCCCUGCACUCAUUAAGGACGGAGGGCAUCUCAGGCCAACUCGUAGGAAGCAGACGACUCAGCAGAAUGGUGAAACUUAGCCAGACAUAAGUAAGAGACACGGCUUUCACACUCUUCAGCGGGAAUUGGAUCGUUUCAGCUCCUUGCUGAUGGCAGAUGUAAUGAUGAUUGCUCCGUUCUGCACUUUGAGUGCCUUACUUUGGAUCUUGUCUGAGAAAGAAGAAAUUGCGCUUUUUUUUUUCUUUUUUUUUUUUCUGGACACAGAGGCAACAUUGCCUUUUUGUGUGUUGAAAAUGAAAUAUGGUGCCAUGACUGUGCGCAGAGGCUGUUGGAUGCACUGUCUGAGAGCUCUCUGGAUGUUUGAGUGUACUUUAGAGCAAAGCCAUUCUGUGUCUUAAUCUGUGAAUGUGAAAUCCAUCAUAGAGGAAAUGAUGGCACUACACCUCAUCAGAAUACUGAUUAUGCUUAUUAAAAUAAGGCACUUUCCAGUCUUUUUACCUAAUCUAACAUGCACCACUAACUGGAUUAACACAAAAUCUACCACUAAAUCCAAUGCUUUAACUUUUAUAGAUCCCUCAGAAGAUGUGCAGGUCCAGACAUAAAUCCUUACACUUACUGUAAACAUCCUCACACAACAUAGACAACUAAAAGACAUAAAUGGCAAAAGCAUAAAAAUGUACAUAAUCACUAAGUGGAAGUGUGUUUGUAGUUUAAGUUGCACAGAUUAUUUUUUUAUAUCCUAUCACAAUUCUUCUCAAGGAAAGUUUGAAGCACUUUAACAAAACAUCACCAUAUUUCCACCCAUGCAAUAAAAUUUGAGCAAUAGCAAAAUCAUGUUUGAAGUUAUUUUUACAGAAAAUUGAGGUUUUUUUUCCUGUGUUUUGUUACAACACUGUCAGUUUCACAUUCUGUAGUUCUAUUUCUUUCUCUGGGGACAAUAACAGAUUCAGGAAGUGUGUGUGUUUAUAUAUGUGUGUGUUCAAGAUUGUAAAACUUAGAAAACCAUGUGCCUUUUUUAUUACUGGAAAAUUGUGACCAUUUUGGUCAUUAUAGUGUAUGCUUAAUGGAAAUUGAGGGACCUUUAAUAAAAGUUUUUAUUUUCUAUGAA